AUGUAUAAUAACGCCGGAAAAUAUUUGAUUGUCUGCAAUGCUGUACCUGGAUGUGACGAGACUGAAGCUGUUGAGUUAUUUUGGCAAUAUAGAAUAGGAAAUGUAAUUUUAAUUAAAUACGAUAAUCAACAUAGAGCAACUGGUUACACAUUUUUUCAUGACGAAAGCUGUGGCCCCGGUCCUCCUGUAAAACUUGAGCAUUGGGAUGACUGUAUUUUUGAAAAUAGCGUCGAUGAUUGUGAAAAUAAUAUGUUUCCUCUGAAGUUUAAAAACUUACAUCGCUGUCCCCUAAAGGUGUCAACUUUCCACCAGGUGCCCUACAUGAUUCUUGGCGAUACUGCUCCAAGCGGUGCUGAUGGUGAUUUAUUAAAUAUUAUUAUUGAAGCAUUGAAUGCAACGCUUGUCCUGGUGAUUCCUCGUGAUACGGAUGGUUGGGGAAGCCUCGAAAGCAAUGGAACAUGGUCUGGAUCUCUUGGAGAUGUUUACUAUGAUUGUGCUAAUUUCUCUAUGACAUCCGCAAGUAUAACAUUGCAUAGAUAUAAUUUUUUUCAAAUGUCAACAAACUAUAACACUAUGUCAGUUGUUUGGAUAACUCACCCCUCCGAUGUGGAAUGGUCAUCUCUGAAACUUCUACGACCGUAUAGCGUAAAACUAAGGUAUGCUCUUAUUGUUAUUCUUUUAUUAAUUAUGUUACUAGGUCUCUUUCUUAAAAUUGAUAUAUGCAAAUCUAUUAAAAAUAGAUUGUGUUUGUCACAAACCUCUAAUGAUAUAAUAUUAUAUUCUUGGCAAAUGUGUCUGAGCCUACCAAUGCACAGAUUACCGACGAAUUGGUUUCACAAAUAUACUAUACUAUUUUGGAUUUGGUUCACCCUUUUACUGAGAACAUUUUACCAAGUUUAUCUCAUCAAUUCCUUGCAAACUGAUGUGAGGACCGACAAUGUUUUGAGUAUUGAAGAUGCUAUUGAAGAAGGAUAUCCCUACGGGGGAAGUCUCGCCCUGAAGGAUUACUUUAUAGAUCAACCUGAUAUUUAUAAUAAUUGGAUACUGGUGGAUAGCAACGAAAUAUAUCCCAUCAUGAAAAAUUUAUCAAAUGGUAUGAAAUUUGUAAUGGCCAUGAACAUAGAAACAACAAACAUUUUUCUUGCUAAAAGUCAAGCAAAUCUUUAUGUUCUCCCACAAAAAAUAGUCAAUAGUCCAGUUGUGUUAUUUUUUAAAAAAUACUCGUGGUUAGUACAGUCUAUAAAUACAUUAUUAACGAAUCUGUUUGAAGCUGGGUUACCUGAUAAAUUACUAGAAGACUAUGUGUCUAAAGGCAUUCGAAUUGAAGAAAACGAUUUUAAGUCAAUAACAAUCGAACAUUUCCAUGGAUGCUUUUACGUAUUAUUUUUGGGAUGGACACUGUCUAUCGUUAUUGCGAUUAUAGAAAAACUUGUAUAUUUAAGAAGAUCGAUUCCCAUUCCUUAA